AUGUCCACCACAGACGAGAAUGUCAAUUCAGCAACUCCACCUCCAUCGCGCCCUUACCGGUCGCACAAGUUUCCUGCUUGCGACUUCUGUCGCAGACGCAAAUCUCGGUGCACUCAGCAGUCAUUGGACCAACCAUGUGUGGAAUGUGUUAUGCACCGGGUAGCAUGUUCAAGAACUAGUCUCCAUAGCGAGGCAUCAAUCUCAACGACUGCAGAGAGAAGCCGGAAAAGGCGACGAAUGUCCAGUAAGACACCGGCCUCGCGUCGUCAGUCAUUGUCUCCAGCGACGCCUGCUGAAGCUUCCACUGCUGGUGAUCAUCCUCCUCCUCCACCCCCCUUCACACCAAACGAUGCAAGCAAAACCCAAUCCACCCAUAUUGUCGGCCCAGAAAUGGCCCGCGAUGCGCAAGUCCUCGAACGCUAUAUGUCCCCGGCUUACAACACAGCGGCAUCGCGUGCUCGGCCAAACCCGUACAGUGUCUAUUCUCAUGACCCUCGCAAUCCGGUAGUGUAUAUGAAAGUUCCUCGCCAUCGCAAUAUAGCACCUUCCGGCAAUGGUACCGCUGGGUUUAGGCAGUAUGAGGCGAUGGAGAAGAUUGUUGAGCCCUUGGGCCCAGAACUCUGUCGUGUGUAUUUUGACAAUAUCCACCCACCAUUUCCAAUACUUGAUGAAAAAGCAAUUCUUGAAGCGUAUCCCCAGGAAGGCCUCCCAUAUACUUUAGUAUGUGAGCUCUACGCCGUGUCACUGAUCCUAUGGAGAACUUCCAAGGCGAUAUCAGCUACAGGACGUCCAACUCCAGAUGUUCGGUACAUGUGGAAUCUGGCAGUGAGUGCAAUGAACGAUGAUUUUAUAGCACCUGACUUGUCCACAGUAUUGUCGUGUAUCCUCGAUCUCCUUGGUCGGCCAACAACCUCCAUCACAUACAAUGCGGUCAAUGUUGGUCGUGUCGUCGCCCUGGCUCAGAGUUUGGGCUUGAACCGCAAUCCGUUGAACUGGGAUUUGGCAGUUCGGCAGAAGAACUUACGUAUUCGGACUUGGUGGGGAAUAUUAAUUCAUGAUCAAUGGGCGAGUCUAUCCCACGGGACUCCGCCUCAUAUCCACCGCUCUCAGUGGGAUGUCCCAGUGCCAGAUUCAGACACAUUAGGGGUGAAUUCUAUCACAGAUGAAGAGACAAUCUCCGUUGUUCGAGUUCAAGGUGCCCUCUCAUUUAUAGCACUUUGCCAAUUAACUAUGAUCUUGGGAGAAAUCCUGCCUCUGAUCUACACGCUACAACCCCAAGGCUCAGGUCAUGCAUUUAGAGCUUUACGGCGUCACGAAACGGCACUCGAUGAAUGGGAAGAGAAACUACCCACUUGGCUACGUCCUGGCAGUGCCUCCUUUGAUAGAAAAGCUGCCGGUGCUCUGAACCUGCAGCUAUGCUACUUGGUAAUAAAGAUGUGUCUUUGGAGAAUCGGGCUCCUGGUACGACUUUCUCCUGUUUCUGUCACUUCCAGCCUUAUUUUGACAUGCUACAAAUCUAGGAGCUUCAUCGGUUGGAUGCGACUGACAUCCGGGACGACAAAACGUAUUAUCAAUCGAGAUGCCGGGAAAGCAGCAUGCGCGGUAAUAGAGCUUGUUACAAGCCUAGAAAGGGAUGAGCUCGAUGCUUUCUGGCUCCCUUAUACUACAUAUCACUUUAAUUCAGCGACAACACUUAUACUUCGCUGUGCCCUUGAAGCAGAAAACCCGGAAACUGCACAAGAAUGCGUUGCAAGCGCAAAAGGUCUUAUCGAUUUCCUACGAGAGGCGAAAGACGAAACCAAUUGGGAUCUAGCAAACACAUGUCUAGAUCACUGCGAGACCGUAGUUGAAAAUCUAAGUGACAAACACAACCUAGCUACAUGGAGAAAAAAUCCGCCCGGCAAUCAAAAUUCAGGUAGGGGAGAAUCAGGAGGCAAUUUCUUCCCUCGAAGAAAUAAUCAGCAUGCUCAAGGGCAAACCGGAGCUACAUUUUCUCAUAGAAACCAUGACUCUUCGAAUCUGGACCCUGGAAUCGUGGGAGGUCGAGACGGAAUAAAUCUCGGAGUUAUCAAUCCGAUUUUCUUUCAGGAAGUUAUGACUUUUGGCUCUAUUCCGGGGAGUAUGCCUGAUAAUUCGGUGUUCUCUGAUAUGGUACAGAUGCCGUAUCUGGAAGGGUACCCGUAUCGCAACUUCUACUAAUGAAUGACAUCGACCUUGAGUAAUGAUUCACGAUAUAAAAUAGAUAUGUACACAGAUAUCCUAUAGUAAAAUACGAGAACAA